UCCUUCACUUUUACGAUCACGUCGUUUUCAUCAACCAUUCCGCUUUCCGCAUUCUAAACCUUUGACUUUACGCUUAUUCACCUUUACUCUUCUUCUUACACAUUUAUCACCUCGUCUUUUUUCAACAACUUUAGCGUGUGCAGCUCCUUCGUUAAAGACAGUUAUGGAGAGUGCUGCGGCGUCACGUAUCGUAUAUGUUACAUGUCCGAAUGCUGAGGUUGCUAAUAAAUUAUCACGAGGUUUAUUACAAGAGAAACUUGUUGCUUGCGUUAAUAUUAUACCACAAGUUACUUCCCUUUAUUGGUGGGAAGGCAAAAUUGAAGAGUCUACAGAACAAUUGUUAAUGAUAAAAACUUUGGAAAAGCAUGUUAGUGAACUCACAGAUUAUGUAAAUAAAAAUCAUGGUUACGAAGUUCCGGAGGUGCUUUCUGUUAAAAUUGAUGCGGGUAACGAGUCAUAUUUAAAAUGGAUCAAAGAUAGUGUUAAACGAUGAAUUAGAUUUAUCUUGUAAAAUUCUCUUAUUUUUGUAUAAAUUUUUUUAUAUGUAAAACUAUUAUAACUAAAUGUUAUACGGGUGUAAGGAUGAUCUUCACGUGAACGCAAUUAAAGUUAAUUUUUGGUAUAAAUCAUUUAA